UCCUAGUAGGCCGUUCUUUCUGAGCUAUGUAGUAUUUCAAGUCGAACACAGUCACAAAUUCAUAUUACCUCGAAUAGUCGGUAUAAAACAACAGCAACAUUUAUUUUGUAGAUUUUUAAAAAUAUUUCAAAUAUUUGCCAUGAAUAAAGUAGUAAUCUCUGAGAUGGACGAUUUUGAGUCGGUGACGUGCCGCCGGCGUUCCGAUGAUCUAAAGGUGUACGAGAGCAAGACUCGCGUUAUCUUGCCGGCCCCAGAUAAACGGUCUGAGUCCGUCAAGACGCUGGUGAACAUAGUCGUUGAAAAUUCAAACAAUAUGUCUCCUAAGAAACAGAAACCAAGAUUCACUUGGCAUUGUACUUCCCACGGAACUUACCAGCGCAAGCUGGUCAACGAUGACGAAACACUGGAAACAGAACCAACUGUUGGUCCCCCGCAGGGCUUGGCAUCCAAGGAUCAGGUAUCUUUGAUGAAUUCCAUUCCGAGUGCCAUAAAUCUGACCUCCCAAAUGCAGGAGGAAGAAUUGCUGCAGAAUGCUACAAAAUCUGAAAAGGGCACGGCUCUGUCGCCCAAAAAGUCAACUUCUAAAUUGCUAAAAUCAUUUAAGAAUUAUGUCAAAGAAAAUCUUAUGUUCCAAAGCUGUGCCAAUCAAACAUUUACCGACUAAAACACAAGUGAAAAUUGUAUAUUUCAUAU